CAAUCUUCUACAUAUUUGAAAUCUAAUGAAUAAGAAUAGUACGACGACGACGUACCAUUGUAGAAUUCGAAUUGACGAAAAAUCGCAGUUAUUCGGAAAGUCCUCGCUUCCUGGCCUACUUCAGAGAAAAAUAGCAAAAGGCUACAACAUCAAGAGGCAUUCCAGUUGCUCAUGACACUUGACGACUUUCGAAGGUAACACGUAACCAAGAGCCGUCGCGAAUUCUGUGAAAUGGCCGGAUUCAAGCAACCCGACGACCGAGCCGUUACCGUUUUCGCCCCUUUUAUAGAUCCGAGCAAGAGCUACCCUUCGUCCAGCAUAGGACCGUCUCUGGGCACGACGUCGCUGAUGCCGGGAGCUUCGGGCUUUGCUCCUCUACAGCUGGGGCGGCUAGUCAGUGCAAUAACGCUUGACCCGAAGGCAGCGCCUCCGCCGUUAACGGACAAGUACUCGCAGAUUUGAUACAGAGCCGCUACAACGAAGGAAUCUAAUCAGAUUGACAUACUAGGUUUAUAUCUAGAUUUGCACAUAUGUAGUUGUAGAAUGUAUGAUUGCGCCAUGUUGAACUAUGAUUCAUCAAGCAUGCUUUCAUAUUCAAUCCCUCUUCUACAUGAUAUGAAACAGGGAGGAAGAGCAGUUAGAACUUUUCGAUCGUUUGCGCUCUCAUGGCGUGAAUGGGCAAGAAGCAACAGCGCGAGUUGGCGUAUCGCUGAUUUGGAGCGAGCGGAAGAAAAGCUAUGAUGCGCCUGCCUGGCAGACUCCACUUUUGUCCGGAAGGCUGGCUCAGGCAACAAAUAAUGCCACGACGGCCAGGAACGAAGCUGGGAGCGGCACAACCGGAGGAGCGAGUGCACCUGCGCGGCUGAUUCCAGGUCUGUCGGCUUUGCAUCAAGCGAACAUCUUCCCGGCAGCGAAUUCUGGUGCUGGAAUACUGAAUUCUAGCACGCUGCAAGGUGGAUGGUCAAUCCUAGCAACUUCGAGUUGGGACAGUAAUCGUAGCAGUACUGGAUCAGCAAGUAAUCAGGAUGCGCUUGACACUUCAUCCACUGUCUUUUCCUCUGCGGCCAGUGUGGCCGGCGGGAGAACUCUCUCGCUACAUUCCGCGUUCUUCAGCGACACAAACAGCACGCCAUCAUCGAGUUCGACUCGGGGGAAGGAUACACAACCUGAAGAGGUGGAUCAGAAACAUGGUAACAUCGACGGGGAGAACGAGAAGCAGGAACAACAUAGAGACAACAACUUAGCGAUAGGAACUUCAUUCAUGAUGUCGAACACUGCCACGGAGAACGCGAAAACGAAAAGUGCUGCCACUGAUGAUGUUGCUAUACAGCUGAACAUCGGCCUUGGAAUAGCUUCUUCAUCUUCACCGGACUUGCAUCAAGAAAAGACCGAUGAUGUUCUUCCAGUACCUCGAGAGGACCCUCCACUGCCGUCACCCAAUCGCAUGAAAGACUUGUGGGCGCCUCAGCUAUUUUCUUUGGGCAAGUCCUGGUCCUCACCUGCGAAGACCCCGCUUGCAUCUUCUUUUUCUGUUGCGGCGAAGCAACAGGGAGAGGCAAAUAGAGAUGAUGGUGUAGCCGCAAGCGCAACUACCGCCCCAGUGCAGGUAUCAGAGUUAGAAGACAAGCUGGUCCUGGUCUCCGAGAAAGAUACCAGUGCGCAUGAGCCGAGCAACAGACUAGCAAUAAAGCACGCUGGCGGAGGCUCUAGCGCAGGGCCAUACUCACGUAAUCUACUGCCGCAAGGGAUACCCUCCAGCAGUUCCAACACCAUCUCACAUCAACUCACCGCUACAGGCCACCCUGUAACGCUACAUCCCACCAUUAAUUCUGAAGCUGAGAUGAUCAAAACGCUGAGGGAGAAGAUUGCUGUAGUAAAAGCGAAAGCAGAUAGUGACGAAGAUGGUAUUCGUGUCCUUGAGGAUAUGUUGCUAGACGUUAACGACGAAGAAGAGCGUAUAGUAAACCACACGAAAGACCUCAUCAGAAAACUUAAUGAGGAACACCGACGAGCAAAACGCAAGGAAGAACGCAAGCUCGUGACGCAGCAAGACCGCCUAGUAAUGCAAUUUCACAGCUACGAAGACGCUGAUGAAGUUGGGACGUCGUAGCUUCGUUAGAUAUUGAGAGCAGUUUGUCAUCGGCGAUUCUCGCCCAUUCUCCGUUCUAGAAGCAGCGGCUAUAGAUGACUGCAACUACAUUGGUGUCUGCAUGCAAUUACCUAAAUGUAUCAGAAAGUGCAAAGAGCGAUGGCGUGUUUUGAACCGCCCAUAUUCUCCUUGAGGAUCAAUGUCACGCGAUGGAAAUAAGCACCGAACAGCUUAAUUUUUCCGCUGCAGCUUGCAAUGUUGGGAGGAUGAUACGCAAAUGCAAAAUCUGACGAAAAUGAAUGUCGAAUGGGGCGUCUUCGAUCGAUCUUGUCGGUCCGCUUUGU